CCUUCCCUCCCCUUUGGCUUCCUGCGCUGCCUUCUGGGGGCGGCCCCGCCUGCAGCUGCUGCGCGGAAAAGGCGAAGAGGAGCCGAGGAAGGAGCGGGAAGCAAGGAAAGAAGCAAGGAAAGCAGGAAGGAAGGCAAGGGCGCGCUUUCCUUGAGCCUCGCCUCCAGGAUGCUGGGGGUGGCGGCGGCGGCGGCGGCCGGGAUGGCCAACAGUUGAAUUCUGUCUGUAGCAAAUUAAGGAUGGCAUCCCAAAGCAGAGGGCACUCCUAUGCAAUUCCAGAGAAUGAAGAAGUCUCAUAUACUCAACAAAAUGGGCACAAUGACUAUGGAAAUGAAGCCGAGAGAGCGGUGUCAAAGUUGCAGCGUAGGCACAGUGAUGUUAAAGUGUACAAAGAGAUAUGUGACUUUUAUGCAAGAUUCAACAUGGCAAAUGCUCUUGCAAAUGCCAUGUGUGAGCGAUGCCGGGGAGGCUUCGCCCCUGCAGAGAAGAUCGUGAACAGCAAUGGUGAGCUGUAUCAUGAACAGUGUUUUGUGUGUGCCCAGUGCUUCCAGCAGUUUCCAGAGGGACUCUUCUAUGAGUUUGAAGGAAGGAAGUACUGUGAACAUGAUUUCCAGAUGCUUUUUGCCCCUUGCUGUCACCAGUGUGGAGAAUUCAUUAUUGGCCGUGUGAUUAAGGCUAUGAACAACAGUUGGCAUCCAGAAUGUUUCUGCUGUGAUAUCUGCCAGCAGGUACUGGCCGACAUUGGAUUUGUGAAGAAUGCUGGCAGACACCUCUGCCGUCCUUGUCACAAUCGGGAGAAAGCCAGGGGCCUUGGUAAAUACAUUUGCCAAAAGUGCCAUGCCAUCAUUGAGGAACAGCCUCUCAUCUUUAAGAAUGACCCUUACCAUCCUGAUCACUUCAACUGUGCCAACUGCGGAAAGGAACUUACUGCUGAAGCCCGAGAGCUGAAAGGGGAACUGUACUGUUUGCCUUGCCAUGACAAAAUGGGAGUGCCCAUUUGUGGAGCAUGCAGGAGGCCAAUUGAAGGGCGAGUGGUGAAUGCUAUGGGCAAACAGUGGCAUGUAGAGCAUUUUGUUUGUGCAAAGUGUGAAAAACCAUUCCUUGGCCACCGUCACUAUGAGAGGAAGGGAUUGGCAUAUUGUGAAACACAUUAUAAUCAGCUGUUUGGUGAUGUUUGCUUCCACUGUAAUCGUGUGAUUGAAGGAGAUGUGGUUUCUGCUUUGAAUAAGGCAUGGUGUGUGAACUGCUUUGCAUGUUCUACUUGCAACACAAAGUUAACACUCAAGGACAAGUUUGUUGAAAUCGAUCUUAAACCUGUGUGCAAACACUGUUAUGAGAAAAUGCCAGAAGAGUUUAAGCGGAGACUUGCCAAACGGGAGCGUGAACAAAAGGAAAAGGACAAACAUAAAAAGAAAAAACCAGUUUGCCUGUAAACAUUUCAUUCCUGUCUUCUACUUUCUGUGCUCCUUCCUUCCUUUUGAAACAAGUUUGUGGAAUUUGAUAUGAAGCCUGUCUGUAAGAAGUGCUAUGAGAAGUUUCCGCUAGAACUCAAGAAGAGACUUAAAAAAUUGGCUGAAACUUUGGGAAGAAAGUGAAACCCUCUGCUUCUAGAUCUCCUCUUGCUAUGCAACAUGUAGGAAAUUGUAUUGAUGUAAACAGACUUAAUUUUGUUGAGUCUAUCAAACAUUAACUCAGAAGAAAAGUAUUCCUCAGCAUGACUAGCUAUAUACUAAUACAUUUGCCUCACUUUGAAAAUAUACCUCUAAAGCUCCUUCAUGUUAAGGUUUGGAAACAUGUGGGUCUCCAUAUGUAAUUGGAUUGCUGCAGCCAUCAAUCUUAGUUAUCCUUGCGAAUAGUAAGGUUUGCAAUCUAGAAAUGUAUAAAAGCCACAUGUUCCAUAACCAUGCUUUUAAUCUCAAGCAACCAUAUUCAACCAUUUAAAUAAUGUAUCUUACACCUAUAUGGCUUUAUAGAUAUAUAUACAUAUACAUCCCUUGUAUUUGCUUAGCAGAUGGUGGAUGAAAAAAUAGUGGACAUUGGGAAUAAAGUAUAAGAUUUCCCUUGACAAAAGACCAAAUCAUUAUAAACUAAAUUCCAAUAUGAUUUGUCUAAUUUUUGUCAGCUGGAGCAAAAUGUAGCAGAACCAAAACAACGUAGAAAUACGCCCAGCUUUAUGCUGGCUCCUGACUGUCAGUGUGACAUAACUUUCUUCUCUUCAUCUCUGAAAAUGGGCUCAAGAAAAUUUGGUGAUGCAUUGAGAUGGUUACCAUAUGAACCUGACUAAAUCCUCUCACCAGAAACCAACCCAUCAUUGGAUCCUAGCAGGAGUUUAUACUUAAUUUGGGACUGGAAUCUUAUAGACACUUAUUUGUCGAUUAGUCAUAGGAUUAUCUCAAGGAGUGCCCUGUUCGGUGCCAACAAAAUAUUCAUUGAAUCAUGGCCAUAUAAUUACUUACCAAUACAUAUAUAUAUGUAUAUGCAUAUGUAUUGGUUUUAAACACUCUUCUAUUCAGUAUUAAAAUUUGAGUUAUUCUAACAGAGGUGUUCUGGUAUAAAUGAGGACUUAUGCUUCUAACUGCUAAGUAUAUUUAGCAAUGUGUGUUGAACUGGCCAGUCUUAAUGUUAAAAUUUUUGAGAACAGUUAUCACGAUAUUUUUGAAAAAUUAGUGCUGGUUAUAUAAUAUAUUGUUUGUAAAGUAAUGGGAAUCAACAACUACCAUAUAUACUCGAGUCUAAUGUACCAUCAAAUCUAAUUCGCCCCUCCAUUUUCAAAACCCUGAAAACAAAAAAAGUAUUGGCUGCUGAAUGUAAUGCGCAGCAGCAAAAAGUGCAUUCUUUGUAAUAUGGCCAUUCCAGUUGCUGCCUCCUUAGAAAUCUUUCUUUAAAAGCAGAAGUGUUAGAACACCAAACCUUCCAGCAAUGGAAAAAAAACCCUUGGGGUGCAUGUAUGCUGUAGAAUGAAUCCACUUUAACUGCCUUGGUUCAAUGCUAUGGAGUCAUGGGAUCAGUAGUUUUACAAGACCUUAAGCCUUCUCUGCCAAAUAAUGCUGAUGCCUCACCGAACUACAAAGCCCAGCAUUGCAUAGCAUUGAACCAUGGCAAUUAAAUUACAGAUGAAGUCCCUGAAAUAGGAGCUCUAGGUGCUCCUGAAGCAGAUUCCCCUUUGCCUUUGGCUCAGCACUAAGAUUACUGUAUUAUUCAAAUCUAAUGAGCACCCUAAUUUUGGCAAGGUGAUUUAGCCAAAAAAAGGUGUUAGUUUCGAGUAAAUACAGUAUAUGCUCAGACUUUGUGCUGAUGACUCGAGGAAUGCUCUGUAAAAAAAAAAAAAAAAUCCCAAAAUUCAGGACAAGUUCAUAUUCUGUCAGGAGGCCUUUUAAAACUUCUUCACUAGCUUAUUGGAAAGAAUUCAAUAUAUCUGAGUUUUGAAGAUCCUGAGAUCUUUAACACCCUGGAUAUGAACUUUAAAGAAGCCAUAUUUACCAACUUUUUGCAGAGAUUAAUAAUUUUUGUAACUGACUGAUAUACACAAGAUUGGAGGCUGCAUUUCUUAUAUAAUUGGAACACAGUGACUCCAGAAUGCAUCAUUUAAAGAUGGCAACUCAAACCAGAAAAUGGCAACAGAGUCUUGUAUAACUAAAAAUAUAUAAACACAGAGCUACUUGAAUAUAAUGGGAAUUUUUCUGUAUAACAGAUAGAUAUUCCUGUGUGCUUUUGUAUUUCAUUUCCUUGUUGUGCCUUAUUCUGCCACAUGUAUGCAAUAUUAGCCAAAAUAUCUAUAUACUGUUACCUUGUAUUUUUAUGCAGAAGAUCCAUGCCAAGGCCUUUCAAAUGAUGGCAUAUACUCAACCUUUUCAAUGACAAAAGAUGCUUUUUGAUGCUACUUUCUUUUUUAUUUUCUCUCUUUACUUAUUCCAGAAUAGUACACAAAAUAAAAAUCUGGACGUGUACUGAUUCUGACUGAGAGUAUAGUGUGUUAAUUGGUCAAUAAAAUAUAAUCGUUA